UCGUGCGCGCGCGCCUCUGGAGCAGAGCUGCAGGCGCGGAGCUGAGUGUAAGACGCUGCUACGCUCCUCGCGCUUAAUUUGAUAAAAACUCCUCCCUCUUAUUUUUAUUAGUAUUUUCAUUUAUAACUACAUUUCCGGUCCGGACCCCUUUAAUGUGAUUUAGGACCCUUUGAUGUGAUUCCGGACCGCUUUGAUGUGAAGGUGUGUGUGUUUGGAGCGCGCGCAGGUCAUGUCCUGUCCUCUCAUCCGGAUCGCGGUUCUUCUUCAUCGGCACGCGCGGAAUGAUGUGCGGCAGAACCCGGGAUUCAUUUCUACCUUCUCAUCUUCGUCCUCCUCCUCAUCUUCCUCUUAAACAGGAAUAAAAAAAAAAAAAAUAAUUCAAAAAGAAAAAAAAGAAGAACAAAAACUUUACACCUUUGCGGAUUUAUUGCACCGGAUCCUGCUGCUGUUACUGAUGAUGAUGAUGAUGAUGAUAAAGGGUUCGCGCGCACUGGAAUCUGUUCGGGAUUUUUGAACAAACACACACACACACACACACACACACACACACACACACACACAUUUUGGCGCAAUUCACGGUUGAAGAGAAAUAUUUUCUGAGAUUUGUUUGAGAUUUGUCUCGCGCUUCCAUCAUGCGUCUUUACCUGUGCGGCUUCCUGCUCCUGUUAGACAAUCUGUCCAUCUCAGUGUCCUCAUCUUUGUCCUCCUCCUCCUCAUCCCCCUCUCCGCACGUUGUGGACUGUGUGAGGGCGAGUGAGGAGUGUAACCUGAGUGCUCAGUGCAGCUCUCGUUAUCGCAUCAUGAGGCAGUGCCUCGUGGGAAAGGACUGGAACUCCAUGUUGGCCAAUAAGGAGUGUCAGGCGGCGCUGGAGGUUCUGCAGGGGAUGCCGCUGAUGGAGUGUCGCUGUAAACGAGGGAUGAAGAAGGAGUUACAGUGCCUGCAGAACUACUGGAGCAUCCACAUGGGCCUCAGUGAAGGAGAAGAUUUCUACGAAGAGUCUCCGUAUGAACCUCUGCCUCCUGUCCGUCACUCUGACGCCUUCCGUCUGGCCUCCAUCAUCUCUGGUAUGAACACUGGUACAGGUAAAGCUCAGUCCCAUUGUUCUGAUGCCACUCGUACCUGUAAUCAGUGUCUAGACGCCACGAAAGCAUGUAACUUGAACGAUAACUGCAAGCGUCAGCGCUCCAACUACAUCAGCACGUGCACACGCAGCGAGUGUAACAGGAAGCGAUGUCACAAGGCGUUGCGUCAGUUCCUGGAGCGCGUGGAGUCUCAGUACAGCUUCGGUCUGCUCUUCUGCUCCUGUCAGGACCAAGGCUGCGCCGAGAGGAGACGCCAGACUAUCGUCCCCGGCUGCGCGUACGAGGACAAACUCAAACAAAACUGUCUCGGGCUGCGCAAGACCUGCCGUCUCGACCCCUUCUGCAGGUCCAGACUGGCAGAUUUUCAUACACACUGUCAGAUGACUGAAGACUCCAUCAGCACCUGUCCAAACGACGACUACCAGGCCUGUCUCACCGCCUACACCGGCCUCAUCGGGACGGACAUGACUCCUAACUAUGAGGACGCGAAUCACUCAGACUUCUCCAUCUCGCCGUGGUGUAGCUGCAGGAACAGUGGAAACCAGGAGGAAGAGUGUGAGAUGUUCCUGAGGGACUUUAGAGAGAACACCUGCCUGCGUAAUGCUAUUCAGGCGUUCGGGACGGACAUUCCAAAGACAACAGCAUCAACAAACUCUGAUGUUCCUCGCACUAACCCUACUGCCUACCCCAACAUCACCAAACCCGAAUACGAGGAAAAUGAACCAAAGUGCAGCAACUCAAAAGGCUUCAUCUGUGAAGAAGAGGAGGAGCCAAUAAGACCUGAGGAGAACCCCGAGUGGAGCGCCUCAAACUGGAGCGCUAGACUGAAGCUCUGCAUCCAGGCCUGGAUACUCCUGCUGAUCUUGGCUUUGGAAAACAUCACCCUCUGAACUUCAGCUCUACCUGAAGUCCUCACCCUGAGGGACUUUCUUGGACCCUCCACCAGAAUCCAGAAUCACUUCGCUUGUCUGUGUGUCCUCUCUAUACUGCAAUGUUAUUUCUUACCAAAAAAAAAAAAAAAGAUAAACGGAACGAAACUAGAGCGUGAGAGAAUCGUGAAGAGCAUCUCCAGCUGAGACCAGUGCAGAACAAAAGGAAGGAGAAAAGCAGUCAUUAGAUGUUCAAGUAAGUUUAUAAUGAUGACUUUGCCUCAAUGUCAAGCAGGAUGAACUUUCUAAAAAAGUCUCCUUAGCUUUUAAUUUUGGUAAAACUGUACAGUCUCUUCUGAAAAACCUCCAACAUGCCUCCAACUUCUGCCCAUUUGGAACCUUGAGAAUUGUAUCACAGCCAUAAUGUUACACACACACAUUCCAUCUACACCCUGAAAGUGCAUUUGAGGAGCACAGGGUGCUGCCAGAUCUUUAUACCUGUAGAAAUAUCAUCAUUAUUUAAUUAUGCCCUUAAGCUCCUCCUCCACCCUGGACCACAGAUUGUUGAGUGGUCUUUAAACUUGGAUUUCAACAUUCUGAGGAACACAGAGCUCUGUUCUGACCCUGAACACCACCAAGAAAAAUGGGGUUACAUCAAGAUCUUGCAAAUUCCUCCAAAUAAGGAAUAAUGAAUUCAUUCCAAGAUUUUGAUUCCAUCAUUUUGAGGACACAAGGUUCUAUCAUGACCCUAAAGAGUGUUGUCUUUGAGUAAGACAUCCAUCAGUGUUUUUCAUCCCACCUAACCUCAAUGGAUCAUAGCAUCCUCAGCAGAACUGGGUCCAUAUCCAUCCCAGAGUGAACCAACACAGAUUCAAUCAUUCAGAAGAAACAAAUCAAGGCCCUGAAAAGGUCUUUUGAGGAUGGCCAAAGGCUGCAUUAUUGUCUGGAAUGCAGAAUCAGAAUCUCCAUUCUGUGGAGAACAUGGAGAGCUCUCCAACACUGGAUGGAUUCAUUAAAAAGGAUAGGUUGUACAAAUUGCUUUUUUCUUCAGCUGCUCUUUUUUUUAAAUCCACCAUUUUUGAGAAGACCUGGAUGCCCAGAUUCCCUGGAAUGCAACAUUGAGGAGAUACUUACAGCUGAACUAUACCAUCUUGGAGAAAGCUCAUCCCUAUCUUCAGCUCUUCUUCAGCAUGAUCUAAGAACUGAGAACUGGAGCUUCAUCCAGCAGUAAAACCCUGAACUUUUGGAACAUCCAAAUGUUCUUAGCAUAUUUCUCCUGUUCCUUCUUCCAGACAGUUUGCUUUGAUGAUUCUUUUUUCCUCUCUUUGUCACUUCCUGUUUGUCAGUCGAGACUAAUUACCUUCAUCGUAAUGCUUUUUUUCCACGUGAAGUGUUUGAAGUAUAAAUCCGUAUCCUGUCUUGGCGAGAACGCGGCACGGCUAACGGCUCUCUCGUUCCUGACAGAUUCUUGUGAAGGAAAAGAAAAGAAAGAUGAAUAGUGAAGGAAUGGAGAGGAGUGACCGCUCAGAGAACUCGCUCGGGCUUGAAGUGGGCUUGCGAUGCUAAUGGAGCCGCCCACGUGUAUAAUUUAAACCUUUUAAAAUCUGAUUUUCUUCUUUUAAAGUCUACAUAAUUAUAAUGUGGAAAGUCUUCAAGUCAAGAACAAUGAUUGUGCUGAACGUCGAUGUUAUAAUUCUCACCCGGGGAGACUGAAGGGAACGGAGCUGAGAGGAGCUGAGAGGAGAACUGAUCACUGCAUGAUGGGACCAGUUUCAUCUGGAUUUCCUGAAGAAUUCAUAAAAAAAAAAAAAACACAGGAAAAUGAAAAUGCUUGGAUACAAUUAAAGUUGUCGUCACGGCAACUCGGCCAGAAAAGGACAAGAAAAGCAAGACAGACUUUUGCCUGCUGAACAAACACCUAACGAGAACGUCGCUGUGAAUCUGAAAGAUUUUGCGGCUCGCUGAAAGAAAUCUGGCGGGAACUUUGCGACGAUGUGGUUUUACGAACUGCGCAAGCCGCCAUGGUGUAACAUCAUAUUUAACGUUUCUACAGAAAAAAAAAGAAAUAAUCUUGUUGUGUUUAUCCAGUUAUGUGCAAUCUUAUUACGUGGCCUUAUUUUUUUUCCGUCAUCGUUCACGUGGGAGGCGCCGGAGGACCCGAGAUUACAAAAAACAUAACAGACUCGAACCAAUGAACGUUUGUGUAUAUAUCAAUAUUCAAAAAAAAAAAAAAAAACGCAGAACGAUUACCAAAAGGGUUCAUCUCGAUGUCUAACGCAUCCGUACGUGUGGAGUCGAUGUUAAGCUGAUGAGCUUUUCCACGUAAAGGGAUAAAAAAAGUUUGCUUUACAAAACAGGAAGUAUAUUAUAAAAAAAAAAAAAAAUUUCCAUUUGCUUUUUCUUUAUAUUAAUCAGAUUCUUCAUUUAGACCAUGUAACCUCAUCAACUUGUCCAUGAAUGAAAUGUGACUUUUUGUUCGAUUGUUUGUUUUUGUUUGUUCUUUCUCAUUUACAUGCUUAAAACUAUGAUCCAAACAAGAAAUGAAAAAGAAAUGACCUUGACAUGACCUCAAUUGGAAUGACAGCAUGUUCCACCUCAUAUUCAAGAAGGUCUGAAAGAUGAUCGAACGUCUUCUCUGAAUAAAAACCAAUAAAAUCUCGCGUAUUAAACUGAA